CAGAAACUCAUUCUUGUUUACCCAGAUCGAAAACGCAAAACAUCAAGAUGACAGCCCAAGAAACAUUCCGUCCGACCUUUCCUCAUGCCACAGACAACCCAUACCCACGCCUCACUUAUGGACUUCCAUUCUAUGAAGCUUGCGCCAAACAUCUCAAAGAGACAUUCCACUCUCAAAGGCCCUAUAUCAUAGCAUCAAAUACACUGUCCAAGAAGACCAACUUCUUGAGUCAACUCCAACAGGCACUUGGCGAUGGGUUGGCUGGAACAUGGAUUGGCAUCAAGGCGCAUACUCCACUUGAUGACCUCCUUCCCAUCUUGGAAGAUAUGCGAACCAAGAACGCAGACAGUCUCAUUACUCUUGGCGGAGGAAGCUUGUCCGACGGAGGGAAGGCAAUCAUAUAUGCACUAGCCAAUAAUGUCUUCACAGAAGAUGAUUUUGUCAAGCUCGGCAAUCGAAAGGACCUAGCCUCCAGUGGUCCGGAUAUGAACGCCCCCUCAAUUCCGUUGAUAUGUAUUCCAAUUUCGCUGUCUGGAGGAGAAUACUCGAAAUACGCAGGAGUCACGGAUCCGAAGAGCCACCUGAAGAUCAUGUAUGGACACGAAAGAAUGUUUCCUUCCCUCGUCAUCCUAGACCCAGAAUUGACAAUAUCAUCACCCGAGCGUCUAUGGCUUUCAUCCGGAGUUCGCUCAAUAGACCAUUGUGUCGAAGGAUAUCUCUCCACCAACGCCAAACCCUCUUCUUCGACAGCCCUUCUUGAAGCAUUAAGUUUGCUGGUGAAGGGAUUGCUGGAGACGAAGAAGAAUCCUGAAGACUUGGAGGCCAGGUUAAAUUGUCAGCUCGGCAGCAAUUUGAGCAUGACGGCUUUGUAUGAGGGUGUCUGGAAAGGAGCAAGUCACGGUAUUGGUCACCAGCUUGGACCGCAAGGUGUGGGACAUGGUGAGACAAGCUGCAUACUGCUUCCUGCUGUGUGCAAAUAUAACAAGAGAGUGAAUACAGGGCAACAGGAAGAGUUGAAGAAAGUACUUGCCACAGAGGAAGUUGUGAGGCGUGUUUCAAGUGAAGCUGGACUGGACAUGGAAAAAGCGGAUUUAGGAGAUGUGUUGAGAGCUAUCUUCAAUGCUUUGGGCAUGCCAAAGAGUUUGAAGGAGGUUGGAAUCGGGAGAGAGAAGUUGGAUGAGGUGGCGGAGAAUAGUUUGCAGGAUCAUUUCUGUCGCACGAAUCCGAUUCCGAUAGAUAGCAAAGAGAAGGCUUUGGAGAUAUUGGAGAUGGUUGUUACGUAA